CCCACAACACCACCCCGACAUAGGUGGCGGUAAUGCUCUUUAACGUUUGUUACUACCCGCCAUUAAAAAGAAGGACGGGAAAACCGUUGCAGUUAGCUUUGCCAGCUGAGUUCGACCGCAGUGUUUGUGUUGUCCGCUGCGGCGAACUGACCAACUUUAACACGGCAAGAAGCACAGCCACGAUGGCCUCUUUCUCGAAUGCCGGUUAAGAUGUUAAUAACGCUGUGCUACGUCUACAUGUGGGUGCGCUUUCACAAGUGCUACUCGGUCCUGAUCCGCAACACUCUGUCCAGACUGAACAGCAGAAGCUUCGGUUUCAGCUUCGGUGUCUGCUCGGCCUCAGAGUCAGCCACCACACCGCCGCCAGCCGGGCUCCACACUGCAGCGCCUCGGUGUCCCAGCUCGGUACCACCCGAUGACAUCGUCUUCCUCCAGCUGGGAGACAAGGCCGUCUAUGUCACGGAGCCUCAGGCAUUUGAUGACCUCAGCAAAUGGACUGUGCUGUUGGGGUCCUCUCUGGUUUGUGGUCCACACAUAGAGACUAUUUCAUUCAUCAUAGAAGCCACAGGACACAGAGUGGGCUACCAUUCUCGUCACACAUCGAAUAAGAAAGUGCUGAAGUGGUCUGACUACUGUCUUCCUCUGGCCUGUAGCCCUGGCCAGCCAUUCAGGGCGGUGGCUCAGGCCACUGUGGAUAACUUCAGUCGGCUGGGAGUUGCUUUUAUUGAAGAUCGCCUUCACCUCGACAAUGGACUUAUGCCUUCAAAGAUAGUCCCCAUUGUCCUCCAAGAAUCCACUCUCAGUGAGCUGUUGGAGAAGCAUUGUCCACAGAACCCAAAGACUGCAACCCCUCUAUGGCUCUGCUGCCCCCAGACUGAAGAGGGUGUCACUGAGCCUUUACCUCGUAACCUGUUAGCCGACCACCAGCACUCGAAGUGGCGUAAAGGCAGCCUCCUCCUCACCCCGGAGGCAAAGAGGAGGUUUGAGGAACGACGAGGGUCUGAGCCGCUCCACAGCACGCAGGAUCUGGGACCUGCCGGUGACUCGGAAGACCGUUCCCUGGGGAAUCAUCACCACAUGGAGGGCCAUGGACACCACCUCCAUCUGUCCAGCUGCCAUGAAUGUUUGGAGAUGGAGAACAGCACCAUCCUCUCUGUCAAAUAUGCCUCAGUUGAGAACAUUCCAGACCUUCCUGAUGAUAGCUUGGCAGAGCUGGAUAGUGGGGCUGAGACUCUGAAUGAGCUCCAGCAUGACUCUGAAGGUUUUUCUGGUGCUGGGUUUAACUGUAAUAGCAAACCACCGAACAUUCUGGUGUACACGGAUGGUUGCCAGGAGCGUUUUAAAGCGGUUCGUCAGCUUUUAUCAGAGUGUAUAAACAUGGAAGACAACAUUAUAUACCCCCUCCAACCACAGCAGGCUCUGAGCGAUCCAUGGCUGGACAACACCAGGCUCCUGGUACUGGCAGAGGAGGAAACCUUGACCCCCCAGCUUCAGACCCGCUUUCUCACCUACCUGAGCCAAGGUGGCAGGGUCCUGGGGCUUUCCUCCUCCCUGUGCCCUGCAGGCCUCUGUCUGGAAGUCAGGGAGAGGCGAAGAAGGCAGGUCAGCAGGAUGAGCUUCACUAAGGAAGACAGCACAGAGCUGGAGCUGAGUGUGUUGGCGAGUGGGAAGGUCUAUAUCAGGGAUAUUCAAGGAGGAGGGGAAGUGGAGCUCUGGGGGGAGCUGAAAGGGGACGUCCCUCACCAAAGGGAUAUGGUUAUCGUCAGGGUAACCCACGGAGGGGAUAGCGGGGAAGCUGUCCUCUGUCAGGUCCACCUGGAAACUGCACCUGAGACUUUGACGUCAGAAGGUUUUGAUGAACUGAAGGUCAACAACGCACUGCGUUAUGAAGUCUUGACAGAGAUCCUUGUCUCUCUGGGCCUUAGCUGCGAACAAAGCCAUACUCCAGCCUCAAGCCCAGUCCACCUGCUCGCCACCUCUCUGAAGGCCAAGACGAGCUUCCUGAAGUGGCUGGAGACACGAGCAGAUCCAAAUGGCCUCCUCACGUUGUCCAAGCUCUCCCUGAAGAUGGUGUCCUGUUCUGAGCUCCAGAACGGCUCUUCACUGCCUGAUGGCUGUCUGGCCCUGGUCACCGACUCUCCAGAGUCCCAGAGCUGUGCACAGUUCAGUAUGGAGACCUACAGCAAGAACCUGAAGACCAGCCUACUGGGGCAUACCGUGCUGUACGCUGACAUCGUCACAUCUACCAUGGACCUGUUCGAAGGGCUGGCUGUGCACCUACCAGAGGAUGUGGGUUUAAUAGCAGUAGCUGCUCGACAAAGCCAAGGAAAAGGUCGGGGCGGGAACAUGUGGCUCAGCCCUCUGGGUUGUGCCAUGUUCACUCUGAGCGUUCGGGUUGAGCUGAACUCCCGGCUCGGACAGAGGAUUCCCUUCCUCCAGCAUCUGGCUGCUCUGGCGGUGGUGGAGGCUGUUCGCACGCUGCCUGGAUACCAGGACAUUGACCUGAGAGUGAAGUGGCCCAAUGACAUCUACUACAGUAACCUGAUGAAGCUCGGGGGAGUACUCGUGACUUCCACUGUAAUGGGAUCAACUUUUCAUCUGCUUAUAGGCUGUGGCUUCAAUGUGACAAACAGCAACCCAACAGUAUGCAUCAAUGACCUGAUCCAGCAGUACAACAUGCAACAUAACUGCAGUCUGCAGCCACUUUGCUGCGCCCAGCUCAUCGCUCGCACUGUCACCUGUCUGGAGGCCCUCAUCAGCAGCUUCCAGCUAGGAGGCCCGGAUGCCGUCCUGCCCACCUACUAUAAGAGAUGGCUUCACAGUGGGACCCAGGUGCAUCUCUGGAGUGAGGACGGACCGGAGGCAGAGGUGGUCGGCCUGGACCACAACGGCUUCCUCCAAGUGCACACCAAGGAGCACGGCGUGGUCUCGGUGGAGCCCGAUGGGAACUCCUUUGACAUGCUGAAGAACCUGGUGGUCAUCAAGCAGCGUUAGGACCAAACUCAGCACACUACAAAAUCUCUUUCAACAUGUGUUCUCUUUCAACUGCUGUGUUAUUUAGUCUGUCAGAAAACUAUACAGCAACAGGAAUAUCAUAGCAUCAAGGGUUUCACUUUGAUUAAAACGUCUCUAUUUUCCUGGAUUUGAGUGGAAUUAGCUUCUCUCUGGUUGGGCUAAAUUUUGGAAGACACACUUUGAUGAUAACUGGUUUAUAAGGGAGCUACAUAAAGUGAUAUCUGCUUUAAUGCUGGGUCACCAAGCCCAUACAUCAAUUUGAUUAUGACCUGCUGGUUAGGGACCAACUUGUACUACCUUCUGGAAAAUAAUAAAUCUUAUACCCACCAUCUGAUAUCACUGUUGAGAACAGUGAUCAUUGCAGCUUUUGCUGUUGCUAAUUUCAGCAAAAUAAAAAAAAAAUCCACAGAAAUGUGUUGCUUGUU